AUGGACGAUACGCUGCUUGACAACUUCUCUGACGCCGAUGUUCAGCAAGUUAUACACGAUGAUAUAGACAAAUGGCUCGAAGAAGCGGGACUGCAUACUGAUCUGUCGCGCUAUUCCAACGGUGAGGACCUCUUGCAAGAGGCCGAGGUGGUGAAGGACGAUAAGCGCGGAUAUCUUGCAAAGACGGAUGGUAGCGGCGAAGAGUUCAUCGUGUCUAUAUCCGGCGUACUCGUCGAGGCGAGCAUCCCGCCCUAUCGUGAUGUCCGCGGUUUAUUCCGGUCUCGCCCGAACAAGAAAGACGUUCCUGUCAACCGCGUGUCGAUAGGCUGGUUUGGGCACGCUAGUUUCGAAGCCAACCGGCUUGGUCUAGAGAAUAUACGAAGCGCGUUCGUUCGCAAGUACGAUCAAGUCCAAGGUGUCCCGUUUCCCAUGAAAGUGGGCACGCCUCUCAUAACCGCCGAAAACCGCAUUGUGUCGAAAGUUGGCGACGUUCCUGUAGAGGCGCUCGACGCACUCUUGCCGAAGAUUCAAGACCCACGCGAUAUCAUACGCAACAAUCUAUUAUCGUCCAAUCUCUAUCGUUACGUGGAUGAUAACGCACUUACAUUCGAAAGAAUUGAGAUCACCGAUGAUGAGGGAGGCUUCACCAUCGUCCCGUGCCCCCCGGAGGAAAUCAAGCCGGGUAUGAUCGUUAGCGUCCAAGCGUCACCGACAGUUGUUCCUUCUACGAAAGCCGGCCACAAGAUGAUCUUAAAGCUCCGUUCUAUACUUCUUGUGAACGAUGAAGUGUACACCAAAUUUCUCUUCGCUAAGAACGCCGAGGACAUCGAGAGUGUACCUAAGCCGGGAGCCGGCUUGAAGCGCAGCGCGUCAGGCCCACAAUGGAUCAAUCCCAAGCGCCGUGAGAUGACGGUGGGGGAUGUCGAAGUGCGACAAGGAAAGAAAGGCAAGCAGCCGGCGACUCCUGAGUCAGUAGCACGCGACCUCGCUGCUCUCAAGACCAGUGACAAGGGUCUCGGGGGUUCCAAUCAGUAG